CCGCCGUGUUCCGGCUCUCUCUCUUGUUGUAAACGCUCUUCCCGGUAUUAGUUCCGGUAUUUUUGUUUGAUCGUCACGCCAAAACUGUCGAUUGUGUCACCGUGAUUCGGGAGUAAAGUUAAUGGUAGAAAACAAAGGGCAGUCGAAUAAACGUGACAAAAAUUACGAAAUGGUCCGGAUCGCCCGGAAAAGAAGCCUUGUUACAAAAGCCCGGAAAAACAAAGGUAAAGUGAACCGGUGAAGUUAUUAUUUUCACAAAAUAAAAAAAUUAAAAAUAAAUACCAACCGAAGAAAAGGUAAAGUUAAAGCACACAAUAGAAAAGAGAAAUACAUAAUGGAUGAAAGUAAGGCAAAAGGAAACCCUCGUGCCACGUGAGAAGGAAAAAUUGUUCGGAAAAAGUUAAAAAGUUUGAAAGGUCGCUCCGGGAGCAACUGAAAAUUGUGCACGUGGAGAGAAAAAGGUUAGGUUUCGGUUGGUUUUGGGUGGAAAGUGGGGAAAACAGUUUUCCCCCUGCCAAUUCGUCAAACCCCGUUUGCGUGAAGCCGAACUGGGCAAGCAUGCAGUGCAUUCGGAAUGGUGCGGGUAGCGGUGGAGAGGUGACCGGGGAGGAGGAUCGUAAGGUACCGAUCAAAGCUGAGGAUCGCCGGAAAAUCCCCUCACAGGAAAGCGCGCAGAAUGAAGGCGAGGAAAAUGACUCCGAGCGGGCGGAAAAAGAUCGAAACGGCGGGCCGGAGGUGAGAACGUUCGUGUUGGCCGAAAACCAGUGCAUCGUGUACUCCCCGCGAGGGGGUGAACCGGUAAUUGCGUCCCGGUUGUCGUCCAGCCCACCACUCCCACCCCCAAUCCGGUCGAGUUUUCCUUCCCAUCUGCCGCCGAAGAAAACGAUCAAGCUCGCCCUCUCGAUGCCGGUGGCGGCGGCCGCCCUUACGGUGGCGUCCGGUCAAGGGCCCCCGCGGAGGGUCGCCUCCCCCUCGUCGCUGUUGCCACCACCACCACCACCACCACCACCUCCACCUCCGCUGGCGCUGCGAAGAAGUCCCGAGCCGGACGGACGAAUGGCUCGGAUUCAGAUCGUUUCGAAAGCGCACCAACAAAAUGCUGACACAGGCGACGAAGACUGCCGGGGUGUUGUGCCGGGGGUGGGUACCGGUGGAGGCCAGGGAGUACACGUGAUACGGGACGGGCGCUUUUAUCAGCCCGAACCGCCGGAACCGUGCGAUCCGGCCAGUAAUCAACGAAUGGAACCUCAUCGAAGUUCCUACGAGGAUCGCCACCACGCGGGAAGCCUGGAAGAGGAAGGGUCGAGGCGCGCACAGGAGGAAGGGCGGGGACCACAGCACGGUAGCAUCAUCGUGGUGAACGGAAGUGCGUCCAUUGCAGCCUCCCUCAGCCGUAUCCCUUCUCCUGGCUCGCAGCUCGAAGACGAAGAACGGCAUCGUUCUCCACACAACUCCCACCACUCCAACAACACCACCACCACCACCACGAUCCUGGUGACGAACGACCGCCCCUCGGCCAUCUACAAACCCCUCACGAUGGCGACCUCCUCCAAUGCAACGGUUUCAAGCAGCAACAAAACUCCUCAGCAUCCGCAUCACACGCAUCAUACCAACGGCCUUCAACACCAACACCACCAACACCAGCAGCAGCCAGCGAAUGGUCACGUCACCUCGAUGCAGCCCCCGCCACCUCCACCCCCACUCAAGCAGCUAUCGAAGGGUGGAGGAGGAGGAGGAGGCGGUGGUCACGAGGAACCGUCCAGCUCCAUGCCAGACCUAGAAUUCGACGGCACAACCGUCCUGUGUCGUGUGUGUGGUGAUAAAGCGUCCGGUUUCCAUUAUGGCGUCCACUCGUGCGAAGGCUGCAAGGGUUUCUUCCGGCGGUCAAUUCAGCAGAAGAUCCAGUACCGGCCGUGCACGAAAAACCAGCAGUGCAGCAUCCUGCGGAUAAACCGCAACCGUUGCCAGUACUGUCGGCUGAAGAAGUGCAUUGCCGUCGGCAUGAGCCGCGAUGCCGUCAGGUUCGGGCGCGUGCCGAAGCGGGAGAAGGCCCGCAUCCUGGCCGCGAUGCAGCAGAGCACCCAGAACCGGGGGAACCAGCGGGCCCUGGCCAGCGAGCUCGACGACCAGCCGCGGCUACUGGCCAGCGUACUUCAGGCGCACAUCGAAACGUGCGAGUUCACGCGCGAAAAGGUCACGGCGAUGCGUCAGCGAGCACGCGACUGCCCGAGCUACUCGAUGCCGACUCUGGCAUGUCCACUAAAUCCGGCCCCGGAGCUGCAGUCAGAGCAGGAGUUCAGCCAGCGGUUCGCGCACGUCAUCCGGGGUGUGAUCGACUUCGCCGGCAUGAUCCCCGGGUUCCAGCUGCUGACGCAGGAUGAUAAGUUCACACUGCUGAAGGCCGGCCUGUUCGAUGCGCUGUUCGUGCGCCUGAUCUGCAUGUUCGACACGUCCAUCAACUCGAUCAUCUGCCUCAACGGGCAGGUGAUGCGGCGCGACACCAUCCAAAAUGGCGCGAACGCGCGCUUCCUGGUCGACUCGACGUUCAACUUUGCCGAGCGCAUGAACUCGAUGAACCUGACCGACGCCGAGAUCGGUCUGUUCUGCGCGAUCGUGCUGAUCACGCCCGACCGGCCCGGUCUACGCAACGUCGAGCUGAUCGAGCGGAUGUACACGAAGCUGAAGGCGUGCCUGCAGACGGUGAUCACGCAGAACCGGCCGGACAAGCCGGAGUUCAUGCAGGAGCUGCUGCGCACCAUGCCUGACCUGCGCACGCUCAGUACGCUGCACACGGAGAAGCUGGUGGUGUUCCGCACCGAGCACAAGGAGCUGCUCCGCCAGCAGAUGUGGUCGACCGAGGAGGACCAUGGUGCGGUACUGUCGGAUGCGAAGAGCCCGGCCAGCAGUACCGCCAGCUGGAGCUGCGACGGCAACCAGGUCGAGGUGGAGAUCGCCAAGAGCCCGAUGAGUUCCGUCUCCAGCACCGAGUCGACGGAGACGUCCUCCUCCUCCUCGUCGUCAUCGUCGUCGUCGUCGGAGUACCACCAUCACCUACACCACCAUGGCAGCAUUUCGUCGGCGUCGUCCGCGUCGGCCCCCCUCCUGGCGGCCACCCUGUCCGGGGCGUGCCCCAUCAUCCGACAUCGGGCAAGUUCCGGCUCGUCGGCCGAGGACGAUCUCAUCGGUGGCACGGCGCAACACCUCGCGCAGAACGGGCUCACCAUCACGCCCGUCAUCCGCUCGGUCGGCUCGUCCUCCUCGUCCUCGUCGGCCACCUCCACCUCCUCGUCCUCCACCACCAACCAUCACCACCAUCAUCACGUGUCGCGGUACCGCAAGCUCGACUCGCCGACCGACUCCGGCAUCGAGUCCGGCAACGAGAAGCACGACCAACCGUCGACGCCCCACUCGCUGCUCCAGCAGCACCAGCAGCAGCAGCUCCAGCAGCACCACCAUCACCUCCAUCACCACCACCACCACCUCCACCACCACGCGAAGCCGGCCAGCAGCGUCAGCAGUGGAUCGUCGUCCUGCUCGAGCCCUCGCUCCUCGCUGGAAGAUCAAGCCCUCGAGGAUACGACCACCUCCCAAAGCAAAGCGAACGGUCCUCAGCUGCAAACGCCUCUGCAGCAACAGCAGCAGCAGCAGCAGCAGCAGCAACAGGCUGCAUCGGCCACGAGGCACGCCAGUGUGGACAACAUGCCGGUGCUGAAGCGAGUGCUGCAAGCGCCCCCGCUCUACGACACCAACAGCCUGAUGGACGAGGCGUACAAACCGCACAAGAAGUUCCGCGCCAUGCGCCACCGGGAGAGCGAGGCGGAGGCGGUCGUGGCCACCUGUUCCUCCUCUUCCUCCUCGUCGUCGUCGUCGUCGUCGUCGUCGGCGAGCAGUAGCAGCAGCUCGUCGCCGGCAUCCAGCGCUCCCCACCGAAUGGAGACGACCGUCGUCACCCAGACACCUCCACCGCCGCCACCCCAGCACCAAUCCCAGCUGCACAUGCAUUUAACGCGCCCGCAAACGUCGUCCACUUCCUCCUCCUCCUCCUCGUCGUCGUCGGCGAGCGCCAACCAAAGUUUCCUGCAGCAACAGUCGGGUUCGUCCUCGUCGGCACUGUCCGCCGCACUUCGCUGCAGCCCGCAACCGGUCGGCCAGCAUCACUACUCGUCGCUCUCGAGCACCCACUCGGUGCUGGCGAAGUCACUGAUGGAGGAGCCGCGCAUGACGCCCGAGCAGAUGAAGCGCACCGACAUCAUCCACAACUACAUCAUGCGGGAGUCGGCCCAGGAGCAGCACCAGAACUAUAUCAAGCAGCAGCAGCAGCAGCAGCAACAGGGUGGACUGCUCGUCUGUGGCAAUGGCAGCGUGUUCCAGCGUGCCUCACCGCACCUGACCGUGUCGGCCGUUUCGCCCUCACCGUCCUCGUCGAGUCCGGCCGGAUGUCCCUACGGAGGAGCGAGCGCUUCCACCCGAUGGCAUCCGGGAAGCAGCAGUAGUGGUGGUAGUGCCGCUGCAAGUGUCAUCACCACGACGGGACUGCGUGCCCAACAAACGCCCCCCUCGCCGGGAAGCAGCAGCACUAGUAGUGGCGCAGGAACUCUCACCCCACCGGACACCUCGUCCUCGUCCUCGGUUUCCUCGCCGCCAUCCGCAGCGUCGCCCUCUUCCUCCAGCAUCCGCUACUUCCAGUCGCCCCACUCGACGAUGACCUCACCGGCACCACCGCCGGCAUCACCUUCCCCGCGGCUGCUCGAGCUCAAGGUGGACAUUGGUAGUACCACCACCACCACCGGUGGCAUCCCUGCCAUCGCCACCACCACACUCACCUCCCUCGAUCCGUGCCAGCAACCGUUGAACCUGUCGAAGAAGUCACCCUCGCCCGCACCGCACGUCGUUUCGGUGGUACAGCGACCCAUCUCCGUCGUCGGUCCGGCUCCCUCUCCGACGCCUUCCUCACCGGCAGCGACCGCGGUCGUCGUGGCCACCAGCAGCAGCAGCAGCAGCAAUGGCCCCACCAUCCACAAGAUCCUGCUCGAGGCAUAAACACCCGCUUUAAACGGGGCCCCACCACCAUCACCACCAAUUGCAAUUAAGUUUACUUCUAAUACUUUAUAUUCCUCCAGUGCGAACACGAAAGUGCGUCUGUGGGGGGAGGAUUUCCUAGGGAGAAAGAAGAGAAAGAAGAAAAAACAAACCACAAGAGGCAGACAUAUUAGUGCGUACGAAAGGGGUGGGAGUUAGGAAACAUAAUGGGCAGGAAAGCGGGCAUCAUCCCACAAACACGAGUGGAGGAGGGUUUAUAACAGGUGGAGAAAAAACAUAAAACAAACCAACCCACACCCCGCUCGAAAUCUAAUUGUACAAAUUUUUAAAUGUAUAUAAGAUGAAAGUUGGAGAAAGGAAGCAAGCAAACCUACGUGUGCAACAAAUGCGUGUGCUAGUGCGAUACACACGUGCAUACACGAACACUACUGAUACACACAAACACACACUAGGUGGAUAGUACUGGGCGAACUGUACGAUAGUAUUUUAUUGCAAAACAAAACGCAAAAAUAACAACCGACGCGAGGGAUGUCCAGGAAGAUAGGUGGGGACCACUUCCUCCCACGAGUUUGUCCGCAAGCGCCAAGAAGAAGUCGCUCUCGUCCAAGUCGUCCCCGUUUGAAGCGCCCUUCAUCCUCAUUUCGGAGGGAAGGGCAGCAAACUAUACAAUGCGAAGCCAAAAAAAACUAAGCAAAGCGCUGCUAAAGUGUGACUGUGUGUUUGUGUGUAUGCGUGUGUGUAAAAGAGAGAGAGGAAGAGAGAGUGAGUUAAUACAAAUUAUUCGGCGGAUGAAUAGAAAGUGAAGGAAGGACUCCUAUUUUGCUCCAACAGAUCUCGAUUUUUUGUUUUUAAAAGAAACUUUCAACCGACCAAGAAGAGGCGUGUAAUGGGUGGGGGGAGAGGGGAGGGAAAGGAAGAGUCCCGAACGAAAGUCAAAGUAGUGAUGGAAGUGGAGUGCACGCAACCGGGACACACUUUCUUCCUUGGGUGCUUGGGCCGGUUCGCAAAUCGGUGCAAACAAUCCUAGUGUGAUGUGCAAAAGCGGGGGGAGCAUGUAACAUGUAGCCAGAAAUGGAGAAAACUAUGGGAGAAGAAGGAAAGUUUAGUAGAGUAAAGUAGUUUCGUAGCAGUAGCGAUAGUGCAGAAAGUAAGCAGUGGUUAAGUUAUGCUGAGGAGAAAGGAGGUUGCAUUAAAAAAGAAGAAAAAAGAUAUAUCUACAACCUAGCUGGUCUACAAUUUGUGUGAAAUGGAAAUGGUAAUCGAGAAAAGGAAAACAAAUUAGAAACAAGUUAGGAUGUAGCGAAAAAAAAGGAGAAAAAUCAACAGCCAAACUAUAAGUCGAGGGUUAUCAUGCAAGCAAAUAAACAAAACAAAACAACACGAAAUCCUAAAAACACACAACUUGAAUAUGAUUUCAAGUUUUUUGUACAGUAGCAAUCUAGUAACACAAGAGAAUAAAUUGCGCAUAUACUGGAAGGAAGAAACAUGAGGAAUAACAGUGAAGAGAAGCAAAACUAAGUGAAAAAAGGUUCCAUUUACAAAAUGCAAGAGACACUCAGAGAGUUUAAAAACAGACACACACAUAUUAAUCCGUAACAAUAGAUGUAUAAAAAUACACACAGACAAAAAGAGAGAGAGAGAGAACUACACUCAAGCAUUAUUAAACACACAUCGGAUUCACAUUCAGAUUAAACAGAGAGAAACUAUUUAACAAAGUGCAAAUGUGUGUGAACCCCUGAAAGGUCACUGUUGUGCACAAAAAGUUUUUAUCGAUUGACACACCUAAUCACAUUGAACGGCAGGUGUUUGGACCGUUUGGACUGUAAGCAAAGAGGAAUCAGCAUUAGGGUACGUGUGUGAAAGAUGUUGGAUGGGGGUGGAAGGACAAAGUAAAACUUUUCUUAUACAAUACAGUACACUCCUACCGUUAAACGCUGAAAUGUGCAAGAGUGAAGAGAGUAAAACCGUGUGUUUAUUCAAAACAGAAAACUAUUGAGUGCAACCAACUACAAAGAAAAACUAUAAAAUGGAAGCGAAAAGCUGCUGAUCUAGUUUCGUGUACAUAGUUCUUAGCAUGGAGAUAAAUUGAUAUGGAAUGCAGGAAAAGUUUAGCCAGAUGAAAUACAUUACAGAAACAAAUUCAAAAAAACAAGAAAAGUCACACCUCUUUGUAACGAGCAAGAAUGAAGGGACAAAGAAACGCAGCAAGUGGAAAAGGGCAUGAGAUUAAACAAUAAACAAAACAAUGAAAAUGAAACUAUAAUUCCGCCAGAUAGAGAUAGUUUAACAUACGAGCAAGAGAGGUUUACAAAGAUGCGCAGAGUAAUAUUACGUGUUAGGUGCGUGUAGAGUGGAGAAAACUUGAGAUUCUUUAAAAAAAAUAAUGGAAAGCAAAAGGAGACAGUUCAAUGAACAACAAAAAAAAAAGAAAUCGAAAGCAAUGCUUAAACCUGCACAUACAUACAUGCAACAACACAAAACAAAAGAUGAAAAGCAUACACAAGUAGAGCAGAGCAGAUGGGUAAGGGAAGGAGCAAUAGAGGGUAGGAUAAUGAGCUAGGUAAAGGACGACGGAUUCAAUGAUACUCCUGUAUUUGUUUCACAUUCUCCCGAGUGGUUUUUGUCGAACGGUUUGAAAACAACAAACAUUCAAAUGCACUUAUCAACAUACAAACGAACCCAAACCAACCUCAAACUAAACAAAAAAAAACAUACACAAACAUUUACACUAUCGUGAAUACACACACACACACACACACAGAUAAGCUUGCUUUUUCCACAUUUCAUGUAUUAUUCUUAUCCAAUCGAUUGCGUUAGGUUGAAGAGUGAAGACGAAAAAAGGCUAAGGAGGGCGAAUGCAACAAAGGCGAACUCUAGUUGUUUAAGCGAUAUUAGACAUCGGAAACAAGUCGAUCUAUUUUCCCUUGUUUGCUCCAAACUACGCUCCGCUUCGUCACCCAUUUCCAAUCAUGAGAGCGUGGCGUGUAGGAAAUCAAAAGCAAACAAAACAACACCGUGUGGAAAAAGGGCGUAGUGAGAUAAAAAAAAAAGAUAAAUUAAAAGUAGGUUUACAAUUAUUAUAUUAUUCUAAUAUUAUUCUAAUUUUUAACGCAAUACGGUGUACAUAGUUGUGUAAAGUUAGUUUGAUCCAAUUUUAAUUCUAAAACGCGCUCCCAGGGAAGAGAAGGAACGAAAACAACCAAUCGAAAAUCAUAAUCCCACUUGUAGUGGACGACAACUCUUCCACUCAGCAUUCUAUCGAGCGAUUCCGAAGGAACGACACCGUCGUUUUCCACUUCGCGCCUAGCUAAAGCUUUCGUUUUUUCCCAUCCCUCCCCCUUUACGUUAGUAUCCUUCUUUGCUAUUUACUACUCGUGUACUCGUGUGUUCUACUAUAAAACCACCUUCCCUUUAUUACUACGCCACGCUAGCCGUGCUGUUACUAUAUCUUAAGCGUCGUGUUUUCAAUUUAGUUUUUUUUUCCAAUUUUGUUCUUUUUCGAAAAAAGAAACACCGUGUUUUUCUUUAAAAUUUGUUCUUACCGUUUUCGUUGCCUCUUAUAUCGUUCGUGUUUUCAUGUGAAACAUUUAUUUUAUUUAUUAAACUUCUUUAGCGCAAACGUUAACUUUUGAUUCCCUUUUACUUUGUGGCCCAGCCUUGUUGGACGCCAUUUUGCUUUUAAAUGUACGGUUUACUCAUCUUUAUCCUUCUGUUUUUUUUUAAACAUACUGUUCGCUUAGAUUUUGUUUAAUAUAGCAGUCUUGUUUCGCCUGUUGCUUACUUCUAAACACUCAACAACGGAUAUUAGUGGAAGUUUUCAUUUCUGCUUCUUUUAGCGAUUCGAUUUAUCUCCCGCUCUUGAUAAUUAGUUUCGUUUGGGAAAUGGAGGUGGAGAGAAAGAGACGAAAAAGAAAUAAAAGAGCGAGGACGAUCGGUACUGUGUAAAAAAUGAAAAGAAUUCACUUUCAAAACCCGCUAGUGUGUAAGAGAUUUUAAGUCCGUGUUUUUUUUUUCCUUAUAAGUUACUGGUAAGAAUGAAGGACUUUGAGGAGAAGUCAGUGACGCAAGUGAUGGCAAUGUGAGGAAAUCUAGCGGAUAAGCAAACGAGAAGACGAAUGAGAAAACAAACAAAAAAUAUACACACAAACACACAACACGCAAAACAAAAAAGGGAUUAUGUGCAGAAGGUAAAAAAACCAUUUCUUAUUUUUAAUUUGUAAGUGAAGACAAUUGAGCGGAAGAAGAAAGAGUUUCCUUAAUUGAUUAAAUGUGCGUUUUUUUAUUUAUACACCAUAAGACAAUUAAAAAAUAAACUGAUUUUAAUACAACAAAAUAAAACAAGAAAAACCAUAAAAAAUACAUUGGACGCAUUGAUUUGUACGAUGGGUUGGAGAGGGUGGGGGAGCAGAAUAGUGGGAAACUGAAAGAAAGCACUAAAAGCAAUGACAAAGAAAGAAAAGAGCAAAUAUUGUAACAAAUAUAACACGUGAUGGUUGAGGCACUAACAAUGAAAAUAACAGAAAAUCUAAGAAUCAAUGCGGUAUUUACCGAACGAAACAGAGAAAGCUAACUGAUAUUUUUGGAGACAAAAUGAGGGGGAAAAUUAUCAUAACUAUCUGGUGAAUAUUAUAAGCAGGGAGAGGAGCGUACUAGUAGAUGCUUGUUUGGCGGAAUGAGACUGUUAAUUCAUAAGGUUCUUUCAUUAUCAAACCGUAAGCAAAUCAAAUGCGCAGGAAAUUUUGAAAACAAAACUGAAACUUCUAGACAGAGGGAUUCCCUUUCGAAGUGGAAUGAACUAAAAAUGUGCAAAAUAUAUUCAUUAAGACGCGUGCGUGUAUGUUGAACAGAAUAAAAUAAUAAUUAAACCAAACAACUAUUGACUACCCAAUAAGCCGAUAGUAUGUAGGAAGAUGUAGCUGUGUAACUAUUAUCAGGUUUGGUGGUCAGACCCAACGAAGGAGAGAGAAAAACAAAAGAAAGAAAAAAAAAGUCAGCAUGAAACCAUCAUGUCAAAUAAC